AUGUCUGGGCAUCACCAUCAUGACCAUGGUGACGGUGGCCACUGCCAUGCCGAGCACGACCACUCCAACGACAUCACCCCCGCCGUUCAGUCCCUCCUCUACACCCAGAUCGACUUUGAUCAGAUCAACACUCUCAACGAAUCCACUCCAAAGGGCGGAGCUGCCAUCGUGAAGAAAACAUGGGCCGAACGACUCAAUGAUACCCCAGAGCUUGAGAGCGACGCCGAUGAACAGCUGCUCAUGUACAUUCCGUUCACGGGCCAAGUCAAAGUCCAUUCCCUCCUCAUCUACACCGCUCCUACGCCCUGCGCCCCGAAGACUCUGAAGCUAUUCAAGAACCGCGACGACAUCGAUUUCUCCACCGCCUCGGAGCUAUCCCCUUGCCAGACUAUCGAGGUCCCACAACCCGUUCCCGGAGAGGAUGUCUUCGAAUUACCUCUGAACCGCGCGCUGUGGAAUACCACCACCUCGAUUACAAUCUUUGUGGAAGAUAAUUGGAGCGAUGGUGACGAGGAUGUGACUAAGGUCGGGUACAUUGGCUUCAAGGGCCAGUUCAUGGCUCUGAACCGUGAGCCAGUUAAUGUUAUGUACGAGGCUGCUGCCAAUCCCAAUGACCAUGUCGCGAUCCCUGGUGUUAGUGGCGUUGGGGGCCGAGUCAUGCCUGGUCAGUAA